AGACAUAUUUCUUAAAGAAGUUGUCAAAUCACUCUCAGAUAUGAUUUUUCGACAUUACUUUAUCUUUCCUGUUCUAACCGGAAUCCACGCAAGCAGUCUAUUUAGUACUGUUAAAUCAACAAAUGCCAAAUUUGAAGAAAUUUAUUUACCUUUACUAAAGUCUAAUCAUGCCAAGGAAGUUAUUCUUGAAUUAGCAAAUCGUAAACAGAACAAUCCAAAAUUCUGUGAAAUUCUUAUCAAAAGAACAAAGGAAAUCAUUAAUUCAAAAUAUAAUCAUUACUUUGAUCACUUUAAAAAAGAAGAAAAUACCGAGAUUAUUCCAUUAUUAGUAGCAUAUAGUUUGUUUGAUAUUGGUAUCAGUCGAGUAGAAUCAAUUGGAACAAAAAGGAAGCGUAAAUUUGAGGAGCUUGAACAAGAAGACAUUAUUUUUAUUGAUAAGAAUUUGGAUGGGAAACAUUCAAUUAAGCUUCCUUUCUUGAUUCUGCAUGAAUUAUAUUCACAACAUCAAAAUCCAAGUAUAACCCUAGAUAUUAAACUUCUCAAGUCCUUGGAUAUUGCACUUUCACCAGAUGAAAAUAAACGUGUUACAUUAUCGGUAUUUGUGUUUCGAUUAUGGACCAUUUAUCAUACAAUUAAAAAUGAAAGAAAUGAUGGACUUUUUCAAUGCAAACUUUCAAGACUUGUACCUUUGCGAAAUGGUCAAAAAGAUAGAGUUUUAAAAUUUCAUCCUUGGUUUUCUAAAUCUUUUGUUAAUCAAGUUCAAAAUCAGCAACAACAACGUUAUAAAGAAUGUAUUGCAUAUCAAAACAAAGGAAAAGUUCCAUUUGCAGACUCAUUUAUACUUACUGAACCUCCUAUUCUUAUUCAAGAUAAACAAUCUAUCACUAGUCAAAAAAAGCAGAUUAUUGUAACUGAUGAAAUACAAAGAGAUAAUUCUGAUGAAAAAUUAAAGAAUAAUGAGAUUUUGAUUUCAUUUAAUAAUAUAAAAGCAGUAUUCAGAGAAAUUUUAGCAUUUAGAAAAUUAUACUGUAUUGAAAGAGCAUAA